AUGGAGCAUGUACUCAAACUCGUCGACGACAAGCUUGCGGUGGCUCACGGUGGAACCAGUCUUUUACAAGAGGCAUCGCAGAUCGUACAACGGCAAGUGGAAAUGUUAACAGAGGGCAUUACAGCGGAGGUUAUGGAAUAUGUGCAGCAGCUAGUCGAAGGCAAACUAGCUGUGGCUCUUUGCGGGAUCAGCUUCAAUUACAAGACGAGCGAUAUGGCGAAGCACAAGUGGAUAUGGCGGCAAGAAACGUUGCAUCUGUAA